CCCUCGCUUACUUUUCUCUCCUCUCCCCACGCCUCUCCCUGUCUUCUCAUUCUCCCCCCUCCCAACUCCCCUUCUAUCCUCUUGCGACUAGUCGCCCACCUCCCAAAUCUCUCCUCUGAAUUUCACACCAAUUGACCGCCCGCCAUGUCGACGUGGGGUGAUUACUUCCGCGUCACCACUUAUGGUGAAUCGCACUGCCGCUCCGUCGGCUGCAUCGUCGAUGGCUGCCCGCCAGGAAUGGAGCUCACCGAAGACGACAUCCAGCCCCAGAUGACUCGAAGACGUCCUGGUCAGAGCGCUCUGACCACUCCUCGGAAUGAGAAGGACCGCGUUGAGAUCCAGUCGGGCACGGAGUUUGGAAUUACCCUGGGCACUCCCAUUGGCAUGAUGGUGCGCAACGAGGACCAGAGGCCCAAGGAUUACGGCGGCAGCACAAUGGACCUGUACCCCCGCCCCAGUCACGCCGACUUCACCUACCUCGAGAAGUACGGUGUCAAGGCCAGCAGCGGUGGUGGUCGCAGCAGUGCCCGUGAGACCAUCGGCCGUGUCGCUGCCGGUGCCAUCGCUGAAAAGUACCUUCGCCUGUCGCACGGCGUCGAGAUCGUCGCCUUUGUCUCCUCCGUGGGCAACGAACACCUCUUCCCUCCGACUCCCGAGCACCCUACUGCCUCCACCAACCCUGAAUACCUGAACCUGCUCAAGACCAUCACCCGCACCACCGUCGACGAAUUUGUCCCCACCCGCUGUCCGAACGCGGAGGCCGCCGCGCGCAUGACCAAGGUGAUUGAGCAGUUCCGUGACAACCACGACAGCAUCGGCGGCACUGUGACCUGCGUGAUCCGUAACGUCCCCGUUGGUCUGGGUGAGCCCUGCUUCGACAAGCUCGAGGCCAAGCUCGCCCACGCGAUGCUCAGCAUCCCUGCCACUAAGGGCUUCGAGAUCGGCUCCGGUUUCGGCGGCUGCGAGGUUCCCGGCUCCAUCCACAACGACCCCUUCGUCGUCACCGACGUUGAGACCCAGCUCGGCCCCAACACCACCACCAAGCAGCGCCUGACCACCAAGACCAACAACUCCGGUGGUAUCCAGGGUGGUAUCUCCAACGGCGCCGACAUCUACUUCCGUAUCGCGUUCAAGCCCCCGGCCACCAUUGGCCAGGCCCAGACCACCGCCACCUACGACUUCGGCGAGGGUGUCCUUGAAGCCAAGGGUCGCCACGACCCCUGUGUCACUCCCCGCGCCGUCCCCAUCGUCGAAGCCAUGUCCGCCCUGGUCAUCAUGGACGCCCUCAUGGCGCAGUACGCCCGCGAGAGCGCCAAGACCCUCCUGCCUCCGUUGCCCAAGACCGUGCCCACUCGUCCCACUCUGGGCGGUAACCACGCAUAAGCUGCAAGCGCAUGAGACUUUGGGUUCGGGAAUAAAAUAUUUUGUUUUUUGUUUUGGGCACCAUGCAUGCGGGUUAGAAUGCAGUGACGUCAUGUCCUGUUUAUGUUCAUAUUCAUCCAUGUUCCACAUCUAAUGACUUUCUAUUGGCAUACCACUUCUGGAUGGGUGGUAUAGAUCUCGGGUUCAGUUCUACUAAAAUCACGCUGGCGUUCCAUGUCCGUCAUGACAUAUAUACACGAGCCUUCGUUUAUCUUUCAUGGUAUCACGUAACUGUACCUUCUCGCUACGCUAACGAUGGCCGAGCUCAUCCAGUAACUAAUACGAAACACAACACCAGCUACGCAAAUUCUAC